CGCCAGCCACUCACAGGCCGCCGCUUCCAGCCAGUGGCGAGCGCCCAUCUUGUGUGUGGCGUCGCGGAGGGCGGAGCUCAGCCUGACGCAGGAGGGAAGAUGGCGGACGAGGAGAAACUGCCGCCCGGGUGGGAGAAGCGGAUGAGCCGCAGCUCUGGCCGUGUGUAUUAUUUUAACCAUAUGACAAAUGCCAGUCAGUGGGAACGGCCCAGUGCUGGUGGGAAGAAUGGGCAAGGUGAUCCAGGGAAGGUGCGAUGUUCUCACCUGUUGGUGAAGCAUAAUCAGUCCAGACGUCCUUCAUCGUGGAGGCAGGAGAGGAUCACACGCACCAAAGACGAGGCCCUGGAGCUUAUUAAUGGCUACAUACAGAAAAUUAAGUCUGGAGAUGAGGACUUUGAAGCUCUGGCCUCUCAGUUCAGUGACUGCAGCUCCGCUAAGGCUGGGGGAGACUUGGGCAAUUUUGGGAGAGGUGACAUGCAGAAACCCUUUGAAGAUGCUUCCUUUGCUCUGCGGCCAGGAGAAAUGAGUGGCCCGGUUUUCACGGAUUCUGGCAUCCACAUUAUACUUCGCACAGAGUGAUUCCCUGUCUGUAGAGAGGAUUGGGGGUCGGAGAGAUGGGGGUGUUGUACAGGCAGGUGGGAGGGGGUAGACUAAACUUAAAAAUACCCUGGGGAUUACCGAAGACUUCCGAUUGUCCGUUUAUCAGCGUUCAAUGUAACUGGUUUCAGCGGCCAUUGACAGCAUAGUAUCAAUGUUAAACAUUUCAGUUUACAGCAAGGGAUCUGCAUGAAGGGGCUUCUUGAGUCACGGGCUACAUGUGCACUCCCCUAUCUGUGAGCUACCUGGAUAAGUAGGAAAACUGUGGCUCUGUCAUUUUACUGUUUAUAUCCCAACAUAAAUGGUGUAGAUUAACUCCUGCAUGCCGGGCGCUCUGGCGUGUGCUUUUACCACAUCAUAUUGAGAACCAGUGAUCCAGGGUCUAACUGCUUAAAUGAUUUGUUGCUGGUGGUCUGUGUUGCUCCCAUCUGAAUUUUAAAAUUGUGCAUGAUAGUUGUGUCACUAGAGUCAUUGCAACAGCCUAUAAAGAUGCUCCUGUUACUGUAAAGGGUGCAUUAUUUUGGUACAGUUUCUUGGAACCUCCAACCCCCCUAAGUGGGUGAAAAUAAUUUCCUUCUGUUAAGAUUCCUUUAAAGAGCACCUGCUGCCUACACAUAAGGAAUUAGCCAUUUUCCUGAGUGAACCAAUGUCCGAAGCGUUAACAGCAUUCUCGAGAUACUGGUCCCUAUAUGAGCACUGAGUUCAGCCCACGUGAUGACUGAUUCCAGUCUGGUACUGCCUGUCCAGGUUUGAAACCUCCUAAGAGAUCAUGGCGCUUUUAGAUGGUGAUGGGUUUUUUGGGGGUUCUUUUUUUUCCCAAAUACAUUCUAAAGUCAAAAUGUGUACUGGUUAUGUAGACAGUGGCCAUCUUGUGCUCACAAGAGUGCAACCGAUCAAUUUGAAAGGAAGUAAUGAUGUUCUUGAGACACUGAGGAAUUAAAUCUAACAUUACACUAUCAACUGGCUUUCUGCAUAGUAAGUAAAGGUAUGCUUUACUGCAUAUACUCUGCCGUUGUUAUGAAACAGGCUGAACACAAGGCAGUGUGUCAGCCACAGAUGGGGAAAUGUAAAGAAGUGUUUUUUUUGCCGGGUAAUUUUAGAGCUACAAAAUUUAAGGCAAAACCAGGUUGGCAUUUCCUCCAAAAUAAAACGGCUGCUUUAAAUCCCGGGUCAAAACCAGAAAAGUUUGUCAAAUUGUUUUAUCUAUCUCUUCCUGAGUGUCCCUAUUUUAAGAGCACGUUCUACUUGUGACACAAACAAUCCUGUAUGUUGUGCUGAGACUCCUAGUUUUCCAGUUUAGAAAGGCAUCUUACUAUCAGUUGUGCUCCGGGCUGUUCUGGGAUACCUCAGAGUUUAGUAAUAAAGUAUACAUGGCUAUAUACGCAACAACAGGUUUCAGCAAGGCGUUUCUUUACUUACCCACCUAAACUGAUAUGAAGUUUAACACUAAGAUCAUACUGUAUACAGUCUAUUAGUACUGGUAUAUAAUUUGAGUUUGCAAAGCUGUAUACACCACAACAUUCUGUGAAACUACUGUAGUUGCUAAAUGUUCUAUCCAGUUGCUGUAAGCAGAAAAUGUUACUCUUGCAUGAUAGAACUAAAUGGCUGUGAUGCUUGUGGGCUCUUUUUUACGUUCUAGGUAAAUGCUCAUCUAGGUGCAGAAAGUGUUAAAAAUACCUUUACACUUAAGGUUUGUGCUUAAUGCCCCUGGACCCAAGUUGUACCAUAGCUAUGGAUAGUUAUACAGUUUCUAUUGACCAUAAAUUUUCAACUUUGUGAUAUUUGAGAGACAAUGGUCAAAUGUGUUCCUUGUCAAAUGGUUUUUUUGCUUUUUGUUUUUUUUGUUUCCUAUAUCACAAGGGCAGGGUAGGGAGGAAUAAUUCUGUACAAUGAGCGUAUGAGUUCAAUAGCCAUUAAAGUGCAUCUGUUGCCUAUACACUGUGGAGACUGCUCCUAUGUUCAUCUUAGCAAUUCCUAAAUAACCGUUGACCCUUCUGUUGAAUUAACAGGAUAUAUGCCAAUGAGCAUUGGUAGCGCAGAGGCAUAACAUAGUCGCCUAUCUCCAGUUCUAAUUAAUAUUAGAUCCAAAAGGCUUCCAUCACAUGCAGGCUCCAGGUUCAUUUUAUUCAUAUUAAGUUAGGAGUCUAAGGGGUGAGAUUUAUAAAAGCUUGGAGAGAGAGAAAGUACCGACCAAUCGGCUCCUAACUCAGUUUGCAGGCUGUGUUGAAAAAUAACAGGAGCUGACCCGGCUGAUGCUUGCUCUCCGCUUAAUCCCUCUCCCAACUUUUAUACAUCUUCCCUUAAAUGUUUAAACGACCAUACGUGGAAUGCCGUUUCAAUCCAUAAAAAGGCACUUGAAAUUUGAAUUAAUUUAGGAUUUAUUUUAAAUAUGGCUUUCUUAAUUAUGUUGGGUACACACUUUAGCGAAGGGCAUUCUUUCCGGCAUUGAGAAGAAUGCCCAGAUUGCCCAUACACAACAGAAUAAUGUUAAUGAAAGAUUUCAACCGUUAUUUGGUCUUGGUCCUUUCACGUGUAUGGCUGAUAUUUCACGUCUCCCCUACACACGGCAAGUAUAGCCUUUGUUCUGCAAACCUGUUUCUUUUACUAUUUAUAUGAAAAUAAAAAAAAUAAAACACACACAA